UUUAUCAACUCUGAAGAGGAACAAAUUAAAGAUUUUGAUGGACCCAUCAGUCCCACCACCGUGAUUUUCCAAAGGUUGAACCUUUGGGGAGCUGCAGUCGUUUCACUAAUAGGUUUUUAAAGAUUAGGCAUUGGCGCUUCUGUCUGGAGCAGAUCUGCGGAGGAGUAAUUGUUUUUUCCUUUUUCUUUCAUGCUUUAUUAUUUCCUGAUUCUGCAGUGGGAUGGGUCUGUUGAGAAAGAUUUUCAUUCCCUUUGUAGGAUUGGUCUUGGCCUUCUGUUUUUAUUCAGCAAGGGAGGAUUUUAAACCUGAGAUGCUGAAAGGGAAGCGAGUGAUUGUCACUGGAGCAAGCACUGGAAUUGGAGAGCAAAUGGCUUAUCACCUGGCACGGAUGGGAGCCCAUGUUCUGGUCACAGCACGGACGGAAGCCAAGCUUCAGAAAGUCAUCACCCGGUGUCUGGAGCUGGGCGCAGCCUCCGCGCAGUAUGUGAGAGGCAGCAUGGAGGAUGAGGCCUUUCCCGAGCAUGUGGUGAAGAAGGCUGAACUAGUGCUAGGAGGCCUAGACAUGCUGAUCCUCAACCACGUUGGCAACUCGUACUUCAAUUAUUUUGACGGAGACGUGGGGCACGUGCAGAAGCUUCUGAAAAUUAACUUUCUCAGCUAUGUGGCCAUGACCGUCUCGGCUCUGCCCAGGCUGAAAGACAGUGGGGGCAGCAUCGUGGUGGUUUCAUCCAUGGCAGGUAAAGCUGGGUUUCCAUUUACCGCUCCCUACUCUGCAACAAAGUUUGCCCUAGAUGGGUUUUUCAGCUCCUUGCGGCAGGAAUUAAUCAUUCAGAAGGUUGAUGUUUCCAUCACGCUCUGUAUACUCGGCUUCAUUGAUACAGAAAGUGCCAUGAAAGCAGCUUCCGAUGUGGUGCUGGUGUCCCCAGCACCGAAGGAGGAGUGUGCGCUGGAAAUCAUCAAGGGAGGUGCCCUCCGCCAACGGGAAAUUUACUACAAAUACGCAGCUACCAAAAUCCCCCUCUUGAUCAGAGACUGGGCUCCAGAACUCUUGGAUUAUCUGAUCAGAAGAAGCUACAACGUGGAGAACCUAAAGAAAAAUUAA